UCCUGACUAAAAAGUUGCCUAUGUUUUUGUCACGUUUGAAUGAAAUAAGUGGGGGUUGCGAAAAGAUAGUGCCAGUCUCUGAAUCGUUUUGGAGUAAUUUAAAUUUUUAAUUUAACUGCGUGGUUGUGAGGGUGAAAUGUAAGAGUAAAUGGAAUGCGGUCAGUGUUCUCCUUCUCGGCCGUUUGUAGUGCUUCCUGUCGAUCGAUUUGUUGGGCACGGUGGUAGCCCGCUUGAACGACAGAAACAGGAUAGCCGCGUUUAUCGAAAAAAAGGCACAUUGCCUCUGAUUUUUCGGAAAAAUCAGAGUCGUCAGACGAAAUCAGAGGCUACUCUUGUUCAGCUAUUCUCAGCUACUCUCAACAUAAGUUUGUCCCCUAAGUUUACAUUGAUAUCAAGGUAAGUAUCAUCUCUUACGAUGUUGUCCUCUUCCGAAACUAAAAAAGUUUACAAAGACAAGUCUCUAUGAACGCUAUGUUUUUACAUUGACGGUGACUUUGUCAUCAUAGGAUGCGAUUAAUUGGGCUACCCACAAAACAGCCUUCUCAUGUUCCUCAUCCUUGUCUAUGCCUAAAAAUUAAGACAUCAGACUCGCAUUACUUUCUUCGAAUUAUAGGAAAAAGGGCUUCUAAUAAAUCAGUAAAUGUCAUCUUGAAGUCUAGUCCUGAAAUGAAUCAUUCACAUUUAUAUGUAAGAAUUUGCACUGUCCUCUUCUUGGGUUUAAAUCGCCACCAAGUGAAUAGCUUACAAUGGCGUUAAUUGCAUCGCAAAUACAUUUUGCCAUAAUUUGUUUCUGAUUGAGUCAAAGACAGUGUGGGAGUCAUUCCACAUUCGCACACCAUCUUGUCAAUUCUGUCCAGGGUGAAUCAGGGGGUGACCCUGUCUUUGACAUUCAUAGUAAUAAUGGUCAUUGAGAUUACAAAAGACUGGGCAACGGGCGGUUGAGCAACGUAGGAAUACAUCGUCACAAUCUUCUUUUUUAGACUUCAAUUCGUCUAUCAUAUUCUGGUGGAUCGGACAUGGAAAACCGAUUUCCACAUUAUCCAGUAACUCAGCCAAGGAGGAAUACGGAUAUGUACCUGUACCAGAAUCCUGAGGAAUCUCGCCUUCUUCUAGCACUUCUAACUCGGUCUUCUCUGUCGUCGGUUCUGUCUUGGUAGUUUUUACCAGUUUCUUCAACUCUUUCAAUGGCAGCUGUGAAUUGGUAGGCUUUUGGGUGGUCUUUGCUUAUUUUAAAGAACGCUAGAGCAAGCUCCACAGAUAAAUUUCUACAGAAUAUACUGCGAUAUACUGACAACACACCAACUGGAUGAGUUCUUAGCAUCAUAAAUCAAGUUUGUGCACAAAGUGCACUAACCUUUUUUUGUGACACCAUACAAAAGACUGUUGUAGUCUGGUUGGUAGUUGAUUUAAACAAACCACCAGGAGUGAUAUCAAGCCUUAUAGGCGCUUCACAGUUCAGCUUAUCAUAAAACUCUGCAGUGAUAAGUACAAAGUAUUUUGAAGCAGUUUUCAAUUGAGUAUCAAAAGUAAAUCCAGAAUUGCUUUGAUUUUGCUUUACUACGUACACUCUGUGAUUGGUGUAAAAAAUUCACACCACCUAUUCAACCAAUCAGAUGCAAAACCUAAACCAAUCACAACUUGGUCAUGUGAGUUUUAAUUUCCCAUACGUGACACCAAUUAUGUGUAUUUGCUUAGAGUCCUCAUUAGAUCUUUGGGUUGUUUACCACUUUUGUGAUUGGCCAUUGUAAUUGCUCUGGUAGCAUAUGUUACCCCACAACAUUUAGUUGGGUUUCCCCAACAUGUUGCUGUUACCCAGUUAUACAUUAAUAGAGAGAGACGGUGUGGAAUGAAGUGUCAUGUCUUUAAGGACACAACAUAAAGGCAGCAACCAGGGCUCAAACCACUAAGUGUCUGCCUCAAUAAUAAUGUUAUUGUCCGAUGUAUAUACAGGUUAAAUAUUUCACUGGUGCAUGUAGAUUACUGAAAUAUGUUGUCAGUAUACAGUUCCUUUAAAUAUGCUUGAUAUUUCUGUUUAAGAUAAGUACACCAUUAUUCACUUACAUUGUGACCCCUUUGAUUCCCCCUAGAGUUUAUUACACUUUCAUCCUGCUUAUUUUCCACUUGAGGCAGUCCGUCAGUCCUCACGUAGGUUAACAACCACUUUGAUUUGCCUUGAGGGUUUUAAAGUAAAACUUUAUGGCACCUGUGACAAAAGCAAUUCAAAAUAUCACAAAUCUUAACCAGGUUAGAGAGGCACUACGGAAGUAAAGUGUCUUGCCCAAGAACACACAAUACAACACACUGGUCCAGGCCAAUGCUCAAACCCAAACCGCCUGAUCCACAGUCCAAUGUGCUAGCUAUUAGGCCACCAAAUAUUAGAGUCAUAAUUAUGGAACAUUAAUUUAUAUUUACGCUCUAAUAUGACAGGAUCAGCCUCUCUGAAAGCUGAUGUUGCUCUGACACCUUUCAAUUGCUUGGGUAACCUCAAGGUUGGUGUCAUUAAAACUGAAAGGCAAAAUGAAGUUAAGCUUUUCAGUACUUGGGUUGAUGUUUACUGUACCUUAAAUUAACAGAAACACUGAAAACAUAUACAAUAUUGUGCAAAAGUAAUACAAACGGAAUUCGGUGAAUUUCGUUGUUCUAGCGAUCUUUCGUCGAAAGUUCGAGCGCAAACUCUAUCGAAAGUUUGAGGCCUGUUAAGCGACAUUUCGUUUGAACAAAGGACGCUUCUUCAUUGAAUUUUCACCACGAAGUGAAUUCAUGGCGGAAAGUGUCUCCUCGAUCAUUAAUGUUCGAAGUUUUGCUUCGAACUGACAACAGCCUCCUGCGAGUGAUCAAGUUUGUUUACUAUUCAUGUAAGCAACACGAAAUAUUUUUAAACGUAUUUCCAACCUUUUCCAGUCACCGCGACAGAGACAUUUAAUAUUUGAGACUAAAUAUAGUAGACCAAAGAACUAAACACCAAAAAGUCAUCAAGUCCGACUCUGGGCUCGAUCUGUGGAUGACAACGAAAAUUGGGUAAAUUUUCCUAAGCGUCGUACAGUAAUUCCGAUUAUGAUACAUGUACUUGGCUGAAAUUAUCUCUCAGACAAAUCCAGAUAUUUUGCACAUCAACUUCAGUUUCCUGAUGUUUAAUCAAGCCUAAAGCAUCAUAUCCGAUUCAGUGUUCGAUCAGUUUACAACAACAAAAGUAAAUCAGGAUGAAUAACAAUUGCAACCAAGAGACAUGUAUUUGGUGGAAAUAAACUCUGAAAUGAUUGGAAUAGUUUUUAACAUUAACUUCAGUACUCCGCUUUUAAACCAGACAGAGCAGAGAACGUGUUUAGAGUGUUUUCAAAAGUUGUCAAUUUAGAAAUGCUUUCCUUGUUUAUUCGUUCUCAAACCCUGCGCAAGUAGACAGCACCCAUAUCGCUGAUUACUUUCUAGAUAUCACAACACCCCUGUUUGUUUGGAAAUAUUUAUUCUUCACAUUUAAUACAUAUUAAAAAAAACACGAGCUUUAGAGUGCGUACAGUAUUUUAGCAUUUAGGCGUUCUUUGUGUGUUUUGAUCCUACAUAAUCAGACGCCAAUAAAAGUGUGUGAAACAAAGGGUGUGAAAUACUUUACAUUUCGCAACAAAACACUGAAUAUUAAUAAGUGACGGCUGCAACAACAAGUAUUUUGGUAACGUUGCCCUAUUUUUGUGUGAAUCCUGGCAUAUUUUGCCAAUACUUAUUUUGCACUGUUCUCACAUACGGUGUUCGCUUCCAUAGACAGCUUUUGAGGUCUUCCUGAUCGAGGUAAGUUUGCCAUGGAACAUGAACGUGAGAUAGAACAUUCUAAUGAUGCACGUAGUACUGGAAAAGCUCACUGGUAGCCCUUCGCGUUUCAACGCUUUCAAGAUUUCAGUUGGGUGGAGGCCUUGCUUGUGGAGGAUCUUGAUUUUUUUUCUUGAUUCCAUUAAGGAACAUGUCGCCGAAAGUUCGAGCCGUUCAAAACAAUACAUCCCUCGAAAAUUCGCAGAAAUGUCGUGAAAGUUUCGUUUUGGUCAAGAAUUCGUCGAAAAACUGGAAUUUUUUCGAAUUUCGUCGACAGGUGUUUGCAUUACUUUUGCAAAAUACUGUAUUGUUCAGUAGAAGUUUAGGAGAACUAAGAAAUGUUGCUGAACACUGGCCAAUGGCUCAUGUUCCCACAGCAUUUCUCAUUCUCCCAACUUCUACUUGUGUUUUCUGAGCUCAAUAGAAACCUAUGGAAAGUGUUUUUUAUUUCUUCAUUACUAUAAUUAUAACUGCUGGCUAAAUUUACCCCUAAAAUAUUUUAAAAGCUGUUUGGAAAUUGAAGAAAUUUAAUCGUCACACUAAAGAUCUCAGUAAUGCUUCUACUGGCUUUAAUUGCAGAGACUGCUUGUGUUCAUGUAAUCAGAAUGAAAUGGACAUAGAGAAAUCUUUUGGUCGCAAAAGUGUAUUUACUAUCUGACAUUUUUUUAACUGGUUCACAGGUUAUGCCUUGCCUUCUCACCUGUGGCCUGGCUCAAAUUCUACUGAGUGCGUGGGUCUUUCUCUUUUAAUUUCUCCUCCACCUUGUGCACACAUGCCUACAUCAAAUACAACAACAGGUCAGAUGCAACAUGCAUUGUUAUGUUUUUAUUAUUUUCCACACAUUUUGAUGGGGGUAGCCAAAAUAUUUACUGAAAAUAUCUGGAUAAAUUUAUAUGGGUUAUUGACCAACGUAGGCAAGGUCAAUUUUGUUUUUCUAUAGUAAUAACAAGCCAAAACCUAAAGAUCAAGCGUUGACUUCAGAUGAGGGAAAAUGCUACGCUGUUUUUGUUUUAGCCAAAACGACCUUGAGGCCUCGUUUUCAUACAUCAGGAAAAUCCAAGAUGAUUGGGGAUUUUGCUGUUUCUCGAUCAUUCCAGACUUUGCCGACUUAAGCCCCACUCAAAUGGUGCAUGAUACUGAUGAUAGCCGAUGAUAAUUAAAGCUUGUGCUCCCGUUCCACCACCAACUACCAUAGACUAUCA